CGGAGAUGGUCGGUGGCCUGUUCCCACACAGAGCAGCCUCCAAGCUACUAGCGAUGGCCUCCAAGGGAUGUUGAGUGGUGAUACAACUGAGACCGCUCCUGUCGAGAAUGCUCGCAUCAUCCGUCCCCACAGAGUUUGUGACUUUCAAGGAGGCAGGUAGCCGCUAGCCGCGCUUUUGAUUGCGUAGCCCCCGCCAUGCCAGACGUGACACCAUCGCCGAAGCGGGUGUGCAGCACCGCAGCUCUUCAGGAGACGGAUGGACUGCGGAAGCACGUGUCCUUCUCAGAGCGUCGCUUUGACCCCAGCAAGCUGCCAGUGGACAUGCUUCGGGUGUACACCUCUCUCAAGGAGAGGUUUGAUGAGGAAUAUGCCCUGCUCUUCGUCUUCAACAUGCAAACCGCCAUGGAGAUGCACCGGGCUUGGAACAUGACCCUCUUGACUUCGAAGACGUUGAAGAAGUGCUCAGAAAUGGUUGGGCUCAGAAUGACCUGGGAGCUCGGCGUGAUCAAGUUGAAGUUCUUCAUGGAGGAUGGCGACUUUGAGCUACAGCGUAAGGUGCCCUAUGACUACGACUCUGAGUUCCAGGACAUGUUCAUGAGGAUCGCCUCUGCUCUAUACAGUGGACAUCUCACUGUACACGAGGCGCUCCUCUUCCAAGAAGAGGCCAAGCAAGGGAAGCACACAGCCAAGACUGGCUUGUUCAUCCGUGACUACCCAGGCAGACUCAUCGUCCUGCCAGCCAUGUCCUCCACCUGUGCCGUGAUCUUCUUCGGCGGCACGCACAAAGAGGCGGGAGUGGCCGCCCUUUGCGGCCUCGUGACCGGCCUAUUGGAGUAUGGCCUACUGAGGGUCGGGGGUGAGGCCACGUUGCUCAUCGACCUGGCGGUGGGUCUCUUCACGGGCGUCAUUGGCAGCCUCUUCUGGGAACUUCACGAGCCCAAGUACUGCCUCGUGUCCAUUUUCAUGGGCACCUUGUACUGGUUCUUCUAUGGCACCGCCUUUGUGGUCGGCCUGGUGGAGAUCUUGGCUGGGGAGCUGGAGACGGGCGUCACCCGUUUCAUGGCGGUCAGCAUCAAGACCUUUGUGUUGUGUGUCAUGGCAUGCUUCGGGAUGCUGCUCACGGUCACAAACCCAGCCCAAGUUUGGAAUGAUCAAGCUCAGUACUGUGGCACCAUCGACUUAGCUGUGGACUGGCCGCAGUACUCGCGCAUUCUGCUCUACGUGGGGUGCUCAGCUGCUGUUCUGGGUCAGUACCGCUUCCGCCUGGAGCAGUACUGGCGCGGGCUACUGGUGCAACUUGCUGGCUACGAGGUCCAGUUCCAAGUCAGCAGGUACUUCGUGGACAGCCGCCGAGACACUGGCAUCAAGGACAACUUGGACGUGAUGGCCUCCAACGUGUGUGGAGCGGCAGCUAGUGUCGUCACAGCAUGCUUCUUGUCAGCCAUGAUGGACAAGAUCAACUCCAUCUACUACGCGCAGCUCUUGCAACGUGGAGCCCACCGCGAUGAGACGGACUCCAAGCUUGAUGACAUCCUGUACGGCUGCAUCUCUGGUGUUGUGAAGUGCUUCAACUGCAUCGGGAUCGGCAGGAAACAUGACCAACACAUGCUUGAGCUUGAGAAGAAGCUGUACCAACAAAGCAAGGAGGUCAAGGACAAAGACCAUCCCCGCAGCGACAUCAAGCUGGAGCCGGAAGAAGAGGACCUGCUGUUGGACACGAUUGUCUAUGCCGAAUCUAUGAACAUUUGGGCCAUGCUCAUGCCGGCCGUCUACCAACUGGUGCCUGGCUCAAUGAUCGCCAGGAUGUGGUUCAACACCAUCAUCCCACCCAUGGAUGGGUCAGACGAGAACACCUUCGCUGGCCUCAUGGUGACUUCCAUUUCACUUGCUUUGGGCCUCAUCGUUGGGGAGGCCAUCGUCGAAACCUUCGCAGGCAUCGUCCACUUGUGCUGUGGCUCGAAGAAGGAGCAGGAGCAGGAGAAAGACUUCGAGGCCUAUGACCUGGGCAUGGUUGGCAGCGCUCCCGACGACAAUGUCUCUGAGGAAAGCGCAUGGCAACUCUAGAUCUUUGAAAGCCCACCCGUGGCGACUAAUUACUCUGCUCUAGUCACCGGAAUGGUUCAGUCCUUGUAUUUGUGCUUCAGUCAGCACGUUUGCACUGAAAUAAGAGACCACAAGCUGUAAGUCGGCCAAGCCGCAGCGAGAGAACA